AUGGCUCCCCAAGAAAAGAAGUGGUCCGACGCCGCUGAGCGCGACCUCUGCGUCGCCAUCCUCUACAGCAACCCAAGCCGCUACGACUGGUCCCGCGUCACCACCAUCAUGGAAGGCCUCGGCUACGUCUUCACCAAAGACGCAAUGUCCAACGGGCGAGCACACCAGUCUUACAAGAAUCUCAGGCAACACCUCUCCAAGACCAUCCUCAAGGAUUUCAAAGCCCGCUGCUCGGAGGAAGUCGUCGCCGCCGCCGAAGCCACUCCUCCCGCCAGCGCGACCAAGCCCAAGGCGACUCCCCGCAAGGCGGCUUCCACCCCCCGGAAGCGCACCAAGAACGGCGUCAAGGGCCAGCAGGCGGCGAUCACCGACGCUGGAGACAACAACAACGGCAACAAUAACAAUGACGAGGUCGAUGAUGAUGAGAUGGAGCUUGACGCGACUCCCACCAAAAAGCUCAAGAAGGAGGACAAGGUCAAGAAAGAGGACAAGACCAAGAAGGAGGAAAAGGCCAAGAAGGAGGAGGAGGCACCUGCUACGCCUGCUGCUGACCAGAGCGCUACCUCCGACAGCGAGGAAAAAGCUCCCGCCUCGGAUGCCGAGAGCUCUGCCUAG